AUGUCUGCCUCCAAUAUCACCUCAAUUCAUCCAACAUUCUUCCUGUUGAUGGGGAUCCCAGGCCUGGAGCACCUACAUGUCUGGAUCUCUAUUCCUUUCUGCUCAGCCUAUACACUGGCCCUGCUUGGCAAUUGCACCCUCUUCUUCAUCAUUCAGGCUGAUGCAGCCCUCCACGAGCCCAUGUACCUAUUUUUGGCCAUGUUGGCAGUCAUUGAUCUGGUCCUUUCUUCUACAACACUUCCCAAAAUGUUGGGCAUCUUCUGGUUCAGGGAUCAAAAGAUCAACUUCUAUGCCUGUCUGGUCCAGAUGUUCUUUCUUCACUCCUUCUCCAUCAUGGAGUCGGCGGUGCUGCUGGCCAUGGCCUUUGACCGCUAUGUGGCCAUCUGCAAGCCACUGCACUACAGCACCAUCCUCACCGGGCCACUUAUCACCAAGAUCGGCUUGGCUGCUGUGACUCGGGCUGUGACACUCAUGACUCCACUCCCCUUUCUGCUCAGAAGCUUCCACUACUGCCGAGGUCCAGUGAUUGCCCACUGCUACUGUGAGCACAUGGCGGUGGUAAGGCUGGCCUGUGGGGACACUCGCUUCAACAAUAUCUAUGGCAUUGCUGUGGCCAUGUUUAUCGUGGUAUUGGACCUGCUCUUUGUUACCUUGUCUUACAUCUUCAUCCUCCAGGCAGUUCUACAGCUUGCCUCUCAGGAGGCCCGCUAUAAGGCCUUUGGGACCUGUGUGUCCCACAUAGGUGCUAUUUUAGCCUUUUACACACCUGUUGUCAUCUCCUCAGUCAUGCACCGGGUAGCUCGCCAGGCUGCUCCACAUGUGCACAUCCUCCUUGCCAAUUUCUAUCUGCUCUUCCCACCCAUGGUCAAUCCCAUCAUCUAUGGGGUCAAGACCAAGCAGAUUCGUGAACGAGUCUUAGGACUAUUCCUGAGAAAUGGUGUGUAA